CCCAAUUCUAAUCUCUCCAUUUCUUUCUCCCUGUAUGAACCUAAUAAAUCAACUUUAAAUACACACUCUCUAGUCUCCAUAUAUAUCUCCACUGGGCUAAGCUGAGAAUAGCAAGAAGCAAGACCAUUAUAAGAAGUUUAAACUAUAAGACCUUCUGUUUCACACAAAAAAAAAAUAACCAUAAGACCUUCUAUGUCUUCGACAAUGGCGGAUGGUGAAGAAGCUGUUAGGAACAUUAGAUUAAGAAAACAACUCGCAGUUGCUGUAAAAAGCUUGCAAUGGAACUACGCAAUCUUCUGGUCAUCUUCACAGACACAAUAUGGGGUUUUGGAAUGGGGAGAAGGAUAUUAUAAUGGUGAUAUAAGAAAGAGGAAGAAUAAGAGCUAUGAAGCUGAUUCUACGUAUGGGUUGCAGAGAAGCAAGCAGCUCAGGAAUCUCUAUCUAAGUAUGCUCGAAGGAGACACUAAAGUUACUACAACCGGCCAUGGUCAUGGUCGUGAUACUGAUGAUAAGACAAGUAGUAAUGUAAUGCUCUCACCAGAUGAUCUCUCUGAUGAAGAAUGGUAUUACUUGGUUUGCAUGUCCUACGUCUUCGCACCUGCCCAGUGUUUACCGGGUAAAGCUUUGGCGACGGAUGAUACCAAAUGGCUUUGCAACGCACAACACGCAGAGACCAAACACUUCACUCGAUCUUUGCUAGCAAGAAGCGCCUCCAUUCAGACCGUUGUGUGUUUCCCUUACUUAGGCGGCGUGAUUGAGCUUGGCGUCACAGAUUUGAUUGCAGAAGAUCCUAAUCUGAUUCAACAUAUCAAAGAUUGCUUGUUCGAGACUUCAAAUCCCGAUUGCUCGGAGAUGUAUAUCAGCGAAGGAAACUCGAAACUCGUAAACCUAAAAGAUGGGAACCUUCAGUUUUGGUCUAAACCAGAUGAAGGCUUGCAAUACAAGGAAACAUUAGCUACCGUUCUGAGGUUAGCUACGAAUAGACCAAAGAGGAAAGAUCUUGCUUCAUCUGAUUUUGGCUCUAGUUUCUUGCGUUGGAAGUCCCAGUCAGUUACUUCAAACCCGAAUUAUCAUCAGAAGCAGAGUAACGUGUUGUGGAAGAUAUUGCAUGAUGUCCCUCUGAUGCACUCUGCAGAUGAGAAGAAAAUGUUUCAGGCAGAAAAAACUGGUCUGAAUCAGCGUGUUUCAAUGGAGUGCGAUGAUGAUGAUCCUUCAGAUAAAAGCGAAGAGAACGAGAAGUUCAGUGUUCUCAAAUCUAUGGUUCCCACAGUUAAUGAGGUAAACAAAGCAUCAGUUUUGAACUACACGAUCAAGUAUUUGCUGCAACUCGAAGCAAGAGUUAAAGAGUUAGAAUCUCGUAUCGGACAAAGAAAGCCGACGAUGAAGGAGAACAUGCUUUCUGAAUUAAUCGAAGAGACAUCAGAAACAGAGCAAGGAAUGGUGAGAGAUGAGACGACACACGUGAGGGUUAAGCUCAAAGAAAGUGAAGUCUUUAUCGAAGUAAGAUGUCUCUAUCGAGAUUGCAUAGUUGCAGAUAUCAUGGAAGCUGUGAGUAAUCUCAACAUGGAUGCUUUCUCGAUUGAGUCGCACAGUCACGAUGGAGUGCUCGUAUUAAAUCUUAAAGCAAAGUUUCGUGGUGAUGCGGUUACCUCAGUUGGAAUGAUUAAACGGGAGCUGAAGAGAAUAGCAUGUGAAAGCUAAAUCGUUGGUGAGAAAUGAAGACAAACGUUAACGUAGUAUUUUUAUUCCACAAUAAAUGGUAAAAUCUAACAUAAUUUAUUAUUAUUAUUGUUAUAGUAGAUUAUGGUUGAUUUGAUAUAUAAGAGUAAGAAUUUUCCAAUGUAAUAAUUAUUUAAAAGGUAUUUUCUGAGCACUGGGCGGAUAUAAACAAUAUUUUGUAUUCGCCUAUCUAUCUUGUAAUGGUACGCACGUCUG